AUGGGCGCUUUGGGCCAAGUGCUGCUGUGGCUGCAGCUCUACACACUGACCCUGGCUGCCUACAAACUCUGGAUUCCCAACACCAACUUUGAUGCCGCCGCCAACUGGAAUCAGAAUCGGACCCCGUGUGCGGGCAGUGCAGUCGAGUUCCCACCUGAUAAGAUGGUGUCGGUCCUGGUACAAGAAGGUUACCCCAUCUCGGACAUGGUCUUGCCGCUGGAUGGGGAACUCAUCCUAGCCUCGGGAGCCGGAUUCAGUGCUUCAGAGGCGAGCUCGCGACUGGACUGUAGCUCAGGCGCCCCCGCCCUCUUCCGCGACCCGGACCGCUUCUUCUGGCAUGACCCGCAUCUGUGGAGCUCUGCGGACGAGGUGCUCGGCCUCUUCUCCGUGGACGCAGAGCGCGUGCCCUGCCGCCACGACGACGUCUUCUUCCCGCCCAACGCCUCCUUCCGCGUGGGACUCGGCCCGGGAGCCAGCCCCGUGCGCGUCCGCAGCAUCUCGGCUCUGGGCCAGACGUUCACACGCAACGAGGACCUGGCCGCUUUCCUGGCGUCCCGCGCAGGCCGCCUGCGCUUCCACGGUCCAGGCGAGCUGAGUUUGGGGCCCGAGGCCUGCGUCGACCCUUCGGGGUGCGUCUGCGGCAACCACGAGGCUCAGCCGUGGAUCUGCGCAGCUCUGCUGCAGCCCCUGGGCGGCCGCUGUCCCCCAGCCACCUGCCAAGACGCCCUCCGGCCUGAGGGGCAGUGCUGCGACCUCUGCGGAGCCAUUGUGUCACUGACCCAUGGUCCAGCGUUUGACCUGGAGCGGUACCGGGUGCGGCUGCUGGACACUUUUCUGGCCCUGCCUCAGUACCAGGGGCUACAAGUGGCCGUGUCCAAGGUGCUGCGGUCGUCCAAUCUCCGCGAGGCAGACACAGAGAUCCAGGUUGUGAUUGUGGAGACCCGGCCCGCGACCGGCGGCGCGGCGCGGCUGGCGCGGGCCCUCCUGGCAGACGUCGCCAAACACGGCGAGGCCCUUGGGGUCCUGGCGGCGGUCUUGCGGGAGUCCGGCGCGCCCGCCGAGGGAGGUUCCUUCACCGGGCCGGACCGGCCGGGGCCCCACGCAGGGCUGGUGGGCGGCUCAGUGUCGGCUGCGGUGCUGCUGGCGCUGUUGGCGUUGUUAGCAGUGGUGGUGUGGCUGCGCGGAGCCAGGAGCUUUAGGUGGAGCUGGCGCGACCAGGCGGCAUCUGAGCUGGCCCGGGUGCCCCAGGGCUUCCACAACCCGGUGUUCGAUGCAGCGGCCUCUGAGGAGCAGACCACAGCGCGGCCACCUAACCUGGCCCCCAAACUGGACACUGGCACCACCAGCCACAGUUACUUCGUUAACCCACUGUUUGCCGAGGCCGAGGCCUGAGCUGCCACCUGACCCUUGACAGCCCCCAGCCCAGGCCUCUUGUCCUGCCUCACCCCACCUGCCGGCACCUAACCUACUCCCUCCUCCCCCACUGGAGGCCUAGGACAGGCCUUGCCCAAUA